CUCCUGCGGGGCUGGCGGGGCUGCUCCGAGCGGGGGCGGGCGGGGCCCGGCCUGCCUCCCUCCUUCUCCUCCUCCUCUCCUCCCUCCUCCUCCCCGGGUCCCCUCGCGGCGGGCCCGGCCCCUUCCCCGCGGCGCAGCGGGGCCGUGCGGCGCCUCCUCCUCCUCCUCCUCCCCCGGGCCGGGCCGGACAAUAGGGGCGAUCGCGCGUGGCUCGCCGCGCCGCUCCAUGCGGGGCUGACAGCGGCUCCGGGGCAGCGGCCGCGGGGCGGGACUCGCCGCCUCGGGGCGCUGGCACAGCCGGUGCCGCUGCGCCGUUCCCGCCGGGCUUUGGCGGAGGAGGAGGAGGAGGACAAAGGCCCGCGGGGUGCGGGGGCGGCGAGGGGGCGCCCCCGGGUCCCCCCGCGCGGGCAGGUGCUGCGGGCGCCCAGCCCCGCCGGCUUCAAUGGAAGUAUGUUACCAGCUGCCCGUGCUGCCGCUGGACAGGCCGGUGCCGCAGCACGUCCUCAGCCGCAGAGGGGCCAUCAGCUUCAGCUCCAGCUCCGCGCUCUUCGGCUGCCCCAACCCCCGGCAGCUCUCGCAGAGACGUGGAGCAAUUUCCUAUGACAGCUCUGAUCAGACUGCGUUGUACAUUCGUAUGCUAGGAGAUGUGCGAGUAAGAAGUCGGGCAGGAUUUGAAAAAGAGAGAAGAGGUUCUCAUCCAUACAUUGAUUUCCGUAUUUUUCACUCAAAUUCUGAAAUUGAAGUCUCUGUGUCUGCAAGAAAUGUGAGAAGGUUGCUUAGUUUCCAGCGAUACCUGAGAUCUUCCCGUUUUUUCCGUGGUAUCACUGUUCCAAAUUCUUCAAACAUUUUAGAUGAUGAUUAUAAUGGACAAGCAAAGUGUAUGCUGGAGAAAGUUGGAAAUUGGAAUUUUGAUAUUUUUCUUUUCGAUAGACUGACAAAUGGAAACAGUCUAGUCAGCUUAACCUUUCAUCUGUUUAAUCUUCAUGGACUAAUUGAACACUUCCAGUUAGAUACGAUGAAACUUCGUAGAUUUUUGGUUAUGGUUCAAGAAGAUUAUCAUAGUCAAAACCCUUAUCAUAAUGCAGUCCAUGCUGCUGAUGUGACUCAGGCCAUGCACUGUUACUUAAAAGAGCCCAAGCUUUCCAAAUCUUUAACUCCAUGGGAUGUUCUGCUCAGUUUAAUAGCAGCUGCCACACACGAUUUGGAUCACCCAGGUGUUAACCAACCUUUCCUAAUUAAAACAAACCAUUACUUAGCAACUUUAUAUAAGAAUACCUCAGUAUUAGAGAACCAUCACUGGAGAUCAGCAGUAGGCUUGCUGCGAGAGUCUGGUUUAUUUGCACAUAUGUCAUUAGAAAACAGGCAGCUGAUGGAAAGCCAGAUAGGUGAUCUCAUCCUUGCCACAGACAUCAGUCAGCAAAAUGAGUAUCUGUCCAUGUUUCGCUCCCAUUUGGACAGAGGAGACCUAUGUUUAGAGAAUGCGAACCAUCGUCACUUCAUUUUACAGAUGGCUUUGAAGUGUGCCGAUAUUUGUAAUCCAUGUCGGACGUGGGAGCUGAGUAAGCAGUGGAGUGAAAAAGUAACAGAGGAGUUCUUCCAUCAAGGAGAUAUUGAAAAGAAAUAUCACUUGGGUGUGAGUCCACUUUGUGACCGACAGACAGAAACUAUUGCCAACAUCCAGAUUGGUUUUAUGACCUACUUAGUGGAACCACUGUUUGGGGAAUGGGCCCGGUUUUCCAACACCAGGCUGUCGCAGACCAUGCUUGGCCACCUGGGACUGAACAAGGCGAGCUGGAAGGGGGUGCAGAGGGAACAGUCUGGCAGCGGUGACGAUGGUGACCCUGCUUUUGAAGAAAUGGACUCAGACCUAUUACCUCAGGAACCUCGAUUGUCCUGACCUCAAUCUUCAUGACAAAACUGCCUCUUCUCUUGGUAUCUGCACGGUUGGAUUAAAGGAGAUAACUUGCCAGCCCAAGGUUUUAAGAAAACGGUAAAAUGAUGCCAGCAUUAUUUAUUUCCAAGUUUUCGUUGACACAGACCAUUUGAACCAGAAUUUUUUUAACUUGCAAGAUCUGAACAUAGAGCAAUAUGCAUACGCCUCAGUUGGUUUUUGUUCGGAACCUUGAAUAUGCAAAGCACAGCAGUGACUCAGCCUUGGAGGAACAGUACAGAAGCUUCAUUGUGCCACACGGCUUUGGUUUUUUUUUGGUGACGUUUGGAAUACGGUCCUCAAAUCUAAGACUCGAGAUGGAUUGUUCCACUUUCUUGGAAUUUAGCAAGACUUGCAUAAAUGUGUUCAAAGCAAACCUUCCACUCAGUCCCUGUUUUAAUACGGAAAUGUGAAGUGCCCAUCCUCUGCUGCCUCUGGCAAGACUUGAUGUUUACAAAUGUACUCUGAAACUAUUGGUUCUAGACUUAACCUUUGUGCAUGGCUGUGAAGGAACCACUAACUUGGGUUUUUUUGCUUUUUUUAAAAGAAAAAAAAGAUCAAAUUGGAGACUGCAGCUCUUGUUUCUUUGGAUGCCAGAAAAGCCUCCCAUUUGCCAUAAUUUUGUUUGUGCACUGGGAACUGAGCAUUCAUCAUAGAGCACAGCCAAGCUUUACUCCAGUGCUAUAUGGGAAUGCAGUUUUUUAAACAGCGGAAAACACUUCUGAAUUGGGGAAGGGAAGGGGUGGGGGUGGGGGGGAAGCGUCCGAACUGCAUUGCGAUUCUGCAGUGGAAACAUCGCAUGUUGUUUUCGCUAUUGUACACUUGAACUGCACAUGCAAGAACAAGGUGGAAUGUCUAAACACCAUAAUCAGCUCAGGGUAUUUGCCAAUCUGAAAUAAAAGUGGGAUGGGAAGCGUGUCCUUCAGAACAAGGGUACAAAUGCCCCUUUCGCUGCAGCGUGUGUGUACGUGUGGGUGUGUGAGUAUGUUUGGGACGGGGAGGGCGGGAGGGAACCGGGAAGGGUUUGAACGGCAACAUUUUAUUGUUUUGGUUUUUUUUUAAUUUUAUUUAUUCUUUUAGAAUGUGACAAUUUCAUGAACAGCCACAUCGGGGAGGAAACUGUAACAAAUUGCUACAGAUGCCUUAAACUAUGCACAAAGCUAAGUGACCAAAUUUGUUUUUGAUUUGAAAAAUAAUAAUUUAAAAAAAAAAAAAGUGCAUUGUUUACCUAUUCCUCCCUCUACUGAAACUUCACCCACUGAUGGGUUUUUGAUGGGACAAGGAGAAAAUGUUUUUUAGGACAAAAUUAAAGGACUAAUUUUGAACUUAAAACAUUCCAUUUUUGUAAUUUGUUUUACAUUGUUUUAAGUACAGUAAGCACAACUGUAAUCUAGUUUGAGAAACUGGUGCUUUCUUUUAGUUCAUUUGUAUUUCCCUGUUAUUAUUGUAAAAGACUGUUUAUUAAUUCUGUUUACAGUUUGUUGCAACAGCCAUUUUUGGGAGAGAGCUUCAGCGUAAAGCCAUUUGUAAAGGCUUUGCCAUAUCCAUUUUAAUAUGUGCCUGUUGCUGUUAACUUUUAAUUAAUAAAAAAAAAAAUCUUUUCACAUUACGCUCCUGUACAUUUAAGUUACAACCGAGUCCAGCAUUUCGGGAAGGUAGCUAAGGUUGCAGUCAGCUUCCAAUGUAAAACUAAGCCAACUUUCGGAUUUGAAAAUACUGGUCCUCGUAUGCCAAAAUUUGUUGCCUCUUGGAGCUUGGCCUUUUACUGUUUGGAAAGCAAAUCCUGACUUACCUGAUUGUUUCCCUUCUGAGAUUAAGUUAUUAUUCUUUCAUGUUCCCCGAAGUAGUAUCGUUGAUCUCGAAGCGGCCAUGUUUAAAGAAAUAAAUUUAUAAUGAAACCAUUUUUUGGAACCCGCGUGAACUUCCUUUGCCGUCAGUGCCAGUUUUUGCUGUUGUUCGGUUUCAACAGAGAAGGCCCAAACGCGAUCCUGAGCCGGGGGUGUAACUCGCAGUGACAGAGGAGCCUGACUUUAACAGGUUGCCUUUGGAAGGGGGAUGAUGGCCAGCGGUGCUUGGAGCCCUCAGGACAAAGAGGCGAUGACUGUGUAGGAGUAAAUGACCACAGCGAGACCGCUGCUAAGCUUCCCUACAGCCUGUACAGAUCCGUAGCGUUCAGCGUGGAAGAGGAUUGAUUCUUCUUCCACUUAUUUGAAUAAAGCACAUUCGAAGCCUGCAGCCGUUUUUGAAACAGAUCCCCACUAAAAUCAGUAUCUCAUUGUGUCUUCUGUGACUCAUGUUUUCUUUUAAAAUAUGACUUGGUUAAAGAUGGGGCCUCCACAGUGAGAUAAAUCUCGCUGCUCGUCACAGCCUAGUUAUAAGGGUAUUUUAAUACGUAAAUUUAAUGAAAAUUGAAAUUAAUUAAAGUUUACAAAUAUAGCAAUAUUUCAAUUAUGUAUAAACAAUCUGAUUCUUUACCAUUGUGCAAUCUUGCUGUCAUCUGCUCUGAUAGGAACCAGUACCACUUGCCAAGGUGAGAGAGUAAAACAGGACUAGUUUUGUUCUAAGUCCGGGAAAGGGGCUUCUGUCUUCUCCUACCAGGCUGGAUUUAGAAAGGCUGCUUCUAAUCCCAUCUAUUGGUGUACAUGGAAGCGUCUAACAUUUGGCUGAAUUAGAAGAAAAUGGAAGUUUAAUGCUGUUUUCUGCACACACUCUCUAGAAAUGCCUUCUACAAAUGUACACUGAACUCCAACAUUCCUACAGCCUAAACGUUUCACGUGAGCGCCCUUGUGAGGGCACCCACUGGUCAAGAAAUGCAUUACAGGACGGUGGCCCAGUCCCCACCACAAAUCGUUUUAAUCGACAGCUCUGCUCCUGGUGAGCUGCGCUGUUCACUCGCGUACACAGCUGCAAAGAGGCCUUGGGGCAUGGCUGAGGUCUCUGCCCAGCGGCGCACCAGGAGCUGUAGUUUGAGCACUUCUUGAGAUGCGUUUCUGUGGGCAGUGGUGUGGGGUACGUGGAAGAGACAGAGUAAGAUACAGAAACGUAUGAAAUAAAUUAUCUGGUGGCAGCUUUAUGAUUUUAUUUUCUUGACACAUGAUGUCUUCCACCAUAAUUUUACGUCACUGAAUAAACUGUGCCACCUUUUCUGUAUUUCUGGUGCUGGAUCCCUGCACCUCACCUCAGUUCAAGUUAAAUGUUUGGUGUGGUGCUUUCCCCCCAUUUUAAUCUCGCUUAACAGGUCAAGCGAUGUCCUAAGUUUUACAAGUUAAUGAUGCAAUUGGACCAAAGUACAUCACUUACACUUUGACGUUUAAAAUCAUGUAAAGUGAAACAGUGAGCAGAGCUUUUGUCUCUGAAAGAAGAUGAGGACUUGACGUUUUUCUGGGCCACCUAUUCUGAAGCUGUGGCACCUUGGGGUGGGGGGAGUUGUGCCACACCAGGGGGCCGUCCGGGGAACCCAGCAUACAUGGGAUAGGGAGACAGUUAAGUGAGUACGUUCCUGCUAAGUUUGUGAUGAGGCAUAAACUUCUCAUGGGUUCCUGAUCUGUUUAUUCAUCUGAGCGAACUGAAUCGUUAGCUCUGUGUUGUUCUAUGACCAAUUCUACUGUUAGUCCUGCUGUGCAACAAGGUAAUUAGCCCAGUCCUGAAAGAGACACUAGUAAGUUGUCACUGCAUUGAUUUACAGCCACUAUAAUUAGAACAUAACCUGUACUUUAUUGUGGCUGCUGUCUGGCUGCUACUGUUUGCACAGUACCACAAAUCAUACACACUAUUUAUCUUAACUGCUUUUAAUUGUAUAUAGUGACAAUACAGCAUUAAAUACAAAACUUGAAGGUGUUUCAAAGGCAUUUAGAAGAAUACAAAGAUGUAACGGCCUAUCAGUAAGACUGAUGGCAGUGUUUUUUGGAAGGAAGUUACACUGCGUACGUAUUAACACCGACCCAAGCUUCACACCAGAAACCAUCCUCCUCAAUCGUACAGGCUACGUUCCAGUUAAAAGCAGCAAAGCUUCAGUUAUCCUCAGUCACCCAGCCAGAGCCACUCACCUGUCUUUAUUAAAGAAGUGCUGCUUUUUGCUUUCCCUAGAAAACAAACUCCAAGAGGCACUUGUACUUGUUCCAGCAGCCAGAUCACCUUAGAGGGCUAAAAUACUUCCGACUCGGCUCAUUUACAGUCAGAGCAAACCUUGGCUUCAUUUAAGUGUGCAGCUCGCUUGUAAUGCUCUCGGUCCAAACCAGCUUUUUUUAACCUGAAUUUUACUUUUAGCUUUAGCCCUUUCCGUGCCUGUGGCUGGAGACAGGAGCUCAGUUGAUGAAGUAGCUCUGCACAGGUCUGGCAGCUCUAUGAGAUGACCCCGGAAAAGCUUCCCCUGAAGAACAGGUUAUGUGCAACAGUUCUACCAUCUCUUCCCUGAAAUAGGACCGUGAGAGCUUGUGCGGUCCCCAACUGCGAGGAAUCUAUCCAGGGGCCCAAGACAGCUCGGGAUGAAAAAGUGUCUGUGAGUAUCCCUUAGCACAGCUGAGAAGAGCAACACCCUUUUGGCAACUUGCACCCCACAGUACUUUGUACCUUUUUUCCUAACUACACAACUUCUACGCUAGUUAACACAUAAUCUGACAUUAAUUGUUUUACUCUGCUGCUCUCUGCUGGUUGUUUCAAAUACACUGGAAGCAUGAUUUACUCACUUGUCACACACUCUCACCCUUGCAAGCUUAUUUCAAACAAACAAUCCCACACAAAAAUGCGCUGGUACUUCAAAUGUCUCAUACCAGGUGACCUCUGCAGCAGAUUUAAGAUUUCAAUUUUAUUUUCUAGUAGGAGGCAGAACAUUUUCAGGUUUUCUUUGGGCUAAAAAUUUGCUUUAAAUUAAGUUUAAAAGAAAGACUUCAACAUGAAAAAUUCAGUAUCAAACUAAACAUUUUAGUGCCAGUUAUAGUUAGAGCUCAGAUGAUUGAUACUUACUGAAGGGCAUAUCACUCAUUAUUA